AUGGCGCAACUCCUACAAGACCUCAUAUACUCUUUCGGCAACUGCCUGAGCUGUUUCCCGGGCUCGCCAUCGCUCAAGAUCAACAGCCGGUCCUUCAAGAUCCUACGGCUACUGGGCGAAGGCGGCUUCUCAUACGUCUACUUGGUGCAGGACACGUCGACGGCAGAGCUGUUUGCGCUCAAGAAGAUACGAUGUCCCUUUGGCGCCGAGUCGGUCCAGCAGGCCAUGCGCGAGGUCGAGGCCUACAAGACGUUUGCCCACAGCCCCGGCGUCAUCCACAGCGUCGACUACGCCGUCGCCUCGGAGCGCAGCGACCCCGGCUCCAAGACCGUCUACGUCUUGCUGCCCUACUACCGCCGCGGCAACCUCCAGGACAUGAUCAAUGCCAACCUCGUCAACCACGCCCGCUUCCCCGAGAAGAAGCUCAUGGUCCUCUUCCUCGGCGUGUGUCGCGCCCUCAAGGAUAUGCACCACUACCAGGCCCCGGCGGCCGGCGAGCGCAUGGAGAUGGGAGAUGCAAAGGCGGGCGAGGACGACGUCCCGGGUCCCGGCAAGAAAAAGGGCAAGGGCAGGAGGAAUCAGGCUGUCGCGGCAGCGGAUGCCGACGACGAAACCGAGCAGGCGAGGCCGCUCAUGAUUGACGAACAGAUUGCUGCUCCGGGCGAGAGGAGGUCAUAUUCACACCGGGACAUUAAACCAGGCAACAUCAUGAUUGACGACGACGGCGCAAGUCCCAUCAUCAUGGAUCUAGGCUCCGUAGCCCCGUCACCGAUACCGAUAACGUCGCGAUCGCAAGCCGUUGCCAUGCAGGACACGGCCGCGGAGCACAGCACAAUGCCGUAUCGGGCGCCCGAGCUGUUCGAGGUCAACACGGGGGCCGUCAUUGAUACCAAGGUAGAUAUUUGGUCGCUGGGCUGCACGCUGUACGCCUGUCUGGUGGGCAAGUCGCCCUUUGAGAUGCGCAGCGACGAGACGGGCGGCAGCUUGAGCAUGUGCGUGCUGGGCGGCGACUGGAGGUUCCCGGACGAGGGCAAGAACCAGAAAAAGGGCAAGGGUCCCGCGGGGGGUGCAGAAGCUGGAAAUGCCGACGAGGUCAUUAGCGAUCCCAUAAAAGAAGUCGUACGGAAAUGUCUUACAGUCGAGCCGGACCACCGGCCGGACAUUGAUGAGUUGAUCGCCAUGGUGGAAGAGGUCGUCGAGGGUCUGCCAGAAGAUGGCAUGUAA